UUCUCAUUGUUCAUCAUCAGCAAAUUAAGUAGUCAAGGUCUCAAAUAAGAAGCCAUGAUCAACCCCAAGAGGCUCGUAGAGAUGGCUAGGAGGUGGCGGAAGGCAGCCGCCGCCGGGAGUCUAAGAAUCUCUUUACCAAGAGCCCACGGCCACGGCCACGGCCACCGGGGCGCGGCAGUGGCGGAUAAAGGCCAUUUCGUGGUGUACACAAUUGAUAAGAAGCGGUUUGUGAUUCCUCUGCAAUAUCUCAACCACAGUAUUGUCGUGGAGCUGUUCAAAAUGUCUGAAGAGGAGUUUGGGCUACCGAGCAAUGGGCCUAUUACCUUGCCUUGUGAUUCUGUAUUCAUGGAGUACGUUGUUUCUUUUCUUGGGAGUCGUCUCAUCGACAGUUUAGAGAAGGAUUUGCUCUUGUCCACCAUGGCUGGCCGAUGUUGUGUAUCUUCUACUUCUUCUCUUCCCCAUGCCCAUCGUCAAACCAACCAGCAACUACUCGUUCAUGGAUUGUAAAAUUAAUUAA